AUGUAUCGUGAAUGGAGAGAAGUAACUAAAACAAUUUUAAAUAAAAAAAAACCAAAAUCUAAAUAUGCAUUAACUCAAAAGUAUAUUAAUUGGGUAACGGAAAAAUUGAGAACAGAACCAGGUCUUUUCGAAGGAUACAAAAUGAAUCACGGAAUCAUUAAAAUAAGAGAAAUGUUCUUGAAUGACCAGAAAAUGCCAGGCGAGACAUUAAUUUCUACCAAAGUUGAUAAAGAGUUCAAGAAAACGUUGAUUAUCACAAUUGCUUCAAUUGGAUGUGGAAAGACAUCAUUAUCAUUGGCACUUUCUAAAUUAUUUGGAUUUGAACAUACACAAAAAGAUGAUAUGACAAGCAGAGUAGACUUCUAUAAAAACAUUGGUGACCUUUUGGAAACACAUGAUGUUGUUAUAGCAGAUUGGGAUAAUCUAACCUUAAAACUUCGAAAAACUUUGAUUGAAGCUGUGAAAUCAAGACAUCAAAAUCUUUUUAUAGUUGGGUUGUAUUGGUAUCACGAUAUAAACAAUCUAGAAGAAGUUUACAAGAUUACCUCAAAACGUGUUUUUGAAAGAGGAGAAUAUCAUCAAUCAUGUAUACCAGAUAUUCCUGAAUAUGAACGUCUUAUGUGGUCAUUUCUACGAUCAUUUGAGCCGCUUGAUUCCAACCAUGGGAUUGACGGUCAAUUUAAUCUUGUGAUAGAACUGAAAAUCGCCAAUGACUUGAAAGAUAAUCUUAAAAUAGCAAUCGAACAACUUAAAACAAUUCUUGAGAUGAGAGAACCUUCAAAAGAAGAAAUUGUUAAGGCAAUAGAAGAAGCAACACAUUAUGAACCAACUGUUCAUAAGAUUAUUGAAAAAAGAUCUCCCGAGAAAUCAAAUAGAUACAAGGAUACAUUACCAUCUCCUGACCCCUACAAAAACAAUCCAACACCAUCGUUGUCACCAAAAAAGACCAAUAAACCUAGAAAUAAACCACCUGUUUAUUAUGGGGUUAAACUCGUAAAUUUUGACAUGGAAAACUUCCUUGCUGAUUUCUUUAGAGAAAAUCCAAACGUUGAUUCUGGAACUUUCCAUAAGUUACAACAAAACAACCGUAUCAAGAUUGAUGGUCACGUAACACUUAUUCAUAGAAAUCUAUUAAAGAAUAAUCCAUCAGAAGAAAUUAAAGAAAUGUGGGAACAAUGUAAAAAUUUGAGCGAUUUGAAAACACAAGUAAAAUUAUAUAUUGAUAAGCUAAUAUUUGAUGGAGAAAAAAUGGCUUUAGUUGUAAAGGGAAUAGAACCAUUUAUCAAAAGUAUCAAUGAGAUACCGCAUAUCACGGUUGGGACAAUUGACAGCAGCGUUAAACCUAUUGGAGCUAAUACAAUGUGUGAAUCAGCUUUGCGUGAUAAAAGUUCUCAUAAAGAUAUAAAAGUGAUUGAGUUUAUUUCAGAAUUAGAAAUUGAUGGAAUUGUAAAUGCAUUUUAUUCGUGA